CUGGAGCUUUUGUAACGCAAGAGCAAGACCAAGAUAUUUUAUUUUGUACUCAACCAUAGAAUAAAUUACUCAGAUCAGAAAGAAAGCAGAAAAAUUUGAUCGGCAUUAGGGGUUCAAUUAUUGCAAUUUCUUCAAUUAGUUCUACUAGUUCAAGUUGAAUGCGAUUGGAGAUUGGAAUCACUGCUUCUCGCUAUUGAAUUGAAGAUUCUACAUUCAAUCGGGUAUAAUGAGGCUCUUUUUAGGGCUGGUCAUCAUUCACAUUGCCCUGGUUGGUACACAUGUUUGGGCCUCAUCCCACUACAGGGAUGAAAUGGAAGAUAGUGAGUUUGCAGAAUUUGAGGACUUUGAAGAAGAUGAGGGUGCUACUAUAGAAUCUAAUAUUCCUUCCCAUUCGUCUGAAAAUCGAGAAGGAAUUGUGCAGGAUGAUGAUGACAUAGCAGUGGUUGAGGACGAGGAAAGUGAGUUUGACCACUUCCAGGACGAUGAGGAAUUUGAGGGAUAUGACAGCGAUCGAGGGAACAAAAUCGACGACAAGGAAGCGCCCAAGAUAACAAUCACUAAGGUACCUCUCCAUCUGAGAUCCAACUGGGACAGUUUCUAUCUUGAGAUGCUCAUGAUCACUGGACUUAUUGUCUAUUUCUUGAACUUCUUUGCUGGCAGAACUAAAAACUACAAACUUGCCAACGCCUGGUAUACAACACAUAAAUCUUUGCUGGAAGAAAAUUUCAGUUUAGUUGGCGAUGAUGGGAGAGUGGAAAACGAGGCUGGAGGUCUGAUGAAAGAUUCAGACAGCCAGUAUACACUGUGGUGCAGCGGCCGUACAUGUUGUGAGGGAAUGUUGGUAGAACUGAAGUUGAUCAAGCGACAAGACUUGGUGGCCGUCAUUGCUCAACUCAUGCGACCUUUACAGGACCAGGUACACAUACAUGUUGAUAUGGCAAAAGACGAGAUGGAUUCAUUUGUGUUUUGUGUCGCCACUAAGAAAACAGCUGUGAGGCUCGCCAAAGACAUGGCCGAUGUAAGUGCAUACUGCCCGGAGCGCAGACCUGGCGACAAGUUUGGUUUGCCGAGCUCUCUUAACGUGCUGAGUGAGAUUUCUGAAGUGUCCACUUCCAUCUUGGACUCUAAGGUGGUCGCAGCUCUCAACAAGUACACAGAUCUCAUAGACUACAUUCACUUCUCAGACCAGUUCUCUGGCCCCAAGCAGACUGAAGAAACUACUCUAGUCAAGUUGCCUGAUGUCAAGAAGGUGCUCAUGUUUGGUCUGAACAUCCCACUGAAAGGCAAGACCACCCAAGAGGCCAUGGACCAGAUGAAGCCCCUCAUGCAGCUCAUCUUCUAUUGCAUGGAGAAAGUCAAGCGCUUCCGCCUCAGCAAGGAGGGCAAAAACAAGGCUGACAAAAACCGACUUCGUGUUGAGGAGAUGUUCCUGAAAACAACUCACGCAGCUCGAGCUGAGGCUGCAGCUGCUAGACGGGAGGAGAAGAGACGUCAGGAGAAGGAGCGAAUCUUGCAGGAAGAUGAUCCAGAGAAGCAGCGCAAGUGGGAAGAACGGGAAAUGAAGCGACAGAUGAAGAAGAAAGCUCCGAAGAUGAAGCAACUGAAGGUCAAAGCUCUUUAAGUUUUACAACAACCCCUAUUUAGAAAGCUUCAAGCUUUAGUACUGUUGUUCCCAGUGGAUAAAAACCAACCUUCAGUGCCUCACACUUAGUUUUUUUCUCAAUAUGCUAAAGCUAAAAUAUCAAACCCUAUGAUAUUAAACCCCUGUAGAGUAAAUUCGGAUUGGUUUUCGCUUGGCAUUGUUUGAUCUUUGUGCACCUAGUGUGGUAAUAUCUUGUUAUGGGACAGUAUUGUGAAUACUUAGGUAUACCAUAUGAGUACACAAAGCCGUUAAUGAUACUGUUGCUAGUGUCAUGAUUUAAUUUUAAAUUUUUAUCAUGCCUUUUGACAAUAACUUUACAUCUUUAUGUUCAUUUAGUUACAAAAGUGUUAAGCAUUAAUGAUUCAGAAAUAAGAGGUCGGGUUCCCUUCUAAGAAUCACGUAAAAAUUGUACAGACAUAAAAAACUAUGUUAUUUAAUUCAUUGUAAUACCCAAAAUAAUUUUAUCCUUUGCUGUUAUUAGUCCGGUAAAUGGAUUAAGUAAUAGGUUUGAAAAUGUGUUGGAUUGUUUUUGUAACAUUAAAAUACUGCACAAGUAGUAGCAUUAGAAUCAUUUGUUAAAAAAAUAUCAGCCAUAUUAUAUGCACAAUCUUCUAUAAAUAUUGUAAUUUGUUUAUAUUUUAUAUCCAUUUAUUACUGAAAAUUCCCCCCCUUAAUUGUUCUCCUCUUUAUUUCCAUUGCUUUUGGCUUCUAAACUGAAGUACCAGAUCAUAAUAUUUUAUUAUUGUAACACAGUGACAAAAUAAUGUUUAACACUACAUAUAUUUUUUACUUUGUUUCAUUCAUUUUAGUGAAUCUAUAUAAUUAAUAGGCUACAUGAAACUUUGUCGGUUGAACUCCUCCGCCAUUUCUUAACCAAUUUUAUCGAUUGGCGUCUCAUUGGAAAAAGCGUGUCGCGUAGAUUUGCAAACUGGCCUGCAUUUACUUUUAACAUGCAUUUACAUUUAACAUCUGCAUUUUUGAAAAAGUCCCUUGGGCUCUGCCCCAGUGGCUUUGAAAGUUCCCAUGUUAUCCUUAUGGAGAACAUAAUUGUUUACAUUUUGGUAUUACUCGGGCUAUUUCCCGUUAAUCAGCUGUAUAAUUUAAUUGCUGUUAUUUAUUUUUCAAUUCAACGAAGUGCAUUGCGCGGGUACAUUUACUGAUUUUGUUGAAAUGAAAUAUUUACUACUUUACUUUACAUUCGUACAUAUUACAAUGUAAAAAAUUUAGAAAGCCUGGGCAAUUUGAUAUAUUUUACCAUAUAAGAAAAAUGAAUUGACAUGGUACUGUAUUUCUUGAGCAAUCAUUGAAAGAACCGAUUUUUUUACCAUGGAAACAUAGGAAAGUCAUAGAACGCCACCAAGUAGGAGAAAUAGAGAUUUAAAAAAACCAUUUACUAUCGUUAUCAUCCUAUAUAAUGAACAACACCUACAAUAUGAAGAUUCCCACAAACAAUGAACAAGGAUGUUAGCCGAAGUGUUACUAUUUUGUAGGACACACGGAAUUAACUUUAUGAUGAUUGGCAAAGGAAAACACUCUAAGGCUGAAUUAAACUGAUACGGCAAGGACAUUAAAUAUAUGUUUUCAUAAAAGUUAAGUGAUUUUAAAAUAAUAUGACUACAUCCAAGAAACCUUAAUAAAACUUUCACUGAAGGAUUUGCAUUUUUCACAUUACCACCUGAACAACAUUAGGCCUUUCAAUUCUGCAUUUUUUCAGGUAAAUAUAACUUACGUUAUAACAGUAACUAGCCAAAUUAAUGCCAAUUGAAGCAAAUGAAAUUGUGACAGAGAGGUUAUGCAGAAAAUCAGGCAGUUGUUAAGUAAUGUAAACAAAAUGUUAUCGCUAUAAAAAUGACUGAAAUUUGUAAACAUACUAUGGUGACAACGGGUAGUACUAUGCAAACAACAUUAUCAUUGACGAAGAUCAACAUGUACAACCUAAUGUGUCUAUAAGUGGGAAAGAUUUGUAGAAUACACUAAAAAACCAGACCAUUUACAACCUAUUUACAAGAAAUGUUGAUUAUAUGGAACUGUUAGGUGCGUAAUCUAUGAGUUGAGUCUUUUAAACUCAUCGGAAAUUAUGACUUUUAUUAAUUUUUAAAUAAGUUUUUUUUUUAUACUGUAACUACUUUACUUCUUUGCAAUUGCUCGAUUUCGAGCAACAUGUACACUAGUCACAAUUAUUUUACUACUCUUAUUUGGUUAAAAAUUAAAGUGCGUUUUUUUCUUUAGGUCUGAACUGUGGAUUUGUUGAAAAUAUUCUACAAUUCUGCUCUACCUUUAUUUUGUUGCCAAAUGCAUUGAAAACAGCAAGCAGUCAACAUGAUUUUGAAACAAAAUAUCAGAAGCUGAAUUUCAUAAUUUUAAAAUUUUAAAAAUGUAAUUGUAGCCAAACACUCUAACCCCAUUGAACACAUGACAAGUACUUUAUUAAGCUGACAAGUUUAUGUAAUUCACACCUCAUAUAGAGUUAGUCUAGUUAAGCAAAGUUGAGUUGAAGGUUGUUUGUAUAACAUCUUCAAGAGCAAUGGUUUCAUAAUAUUCAAAUUUACCAAUCAUUGCUUGGUAAAAGUAUGCUUCCAUUACUCAUUGACCAGAUAUCAAAUGUGGUGGAGAAUGAGUCAUUCAUGUGGCGUUUUGAUUGCUCAGAAAGGUUUUAAAAACCUAGCCAAAUGUUAAUUGUGUGAAUUUUUUGUUGUAUACCUUUUAAAUUAGGUUUAUGGCCAUGUAAUUCAAACUUAUUGUUUAUACCUUUAAUAAUGUUUCUGAAUCUUUACAAUACGAUAAAAUAUGUUGCUGGUUAAUACGUACUUAUGAUAAUAACACUUUAAAUAGUAAUGAAUUGUUAAUAUUGAUUAUAUUCAGCCAUCUCAUAUUUUAAGGCAUUCUGUGCUUUAGCCAUGCUGUCAUUUAGUAUUUAUUUCAUUUUCAGUCAUUUGUUGUACUUUGUGUCAAUUAUGCAAAGUGUCUGGGCUCUUGUGUUUCAUUAUGUUGUAUUAUUGUAAUCUGAUUAACUGUAGGAAUUAAAUAAAUUGUUUUCAAAAA